CUAUUCACUAUUAAAUGAGACUGAAAGUUGGCAAGUCAGAAACCCUAAGAAAGAUCUUCAAUCUGCAGCUCAUUAUUGAAAAGAUUUUCCAGCUGUCUGAUCUUCCAGUACUACGAUGCAUGAGAUUUGAUUAGUGUGUGCUGCCAUUAAAGACAACUGGCCUUGUCUUGUUCCUCGUCAUACUCUUCACCCGCUGUAUUUUUUUUAUCAGAGCAUAAACAUCACCAGUCAUUCACGCCUCCUUAUUUUUGCUGCGAGACGAUUUUCUGUUUCCAAGGUAUCUUUUUUUUACUAUCGAUUCGUCGGGACUCGCAAGUUUUGGUCGCUAGUCGGCAUCUAUGCUGAUUAGGCAUGCUCCUGGUUUUAGCUACAAGGGGUCCACUUCUGUACAUUUUCUGGUUUUUUUGGGGGAAAUUUCCUUCUGGCGAGAAAUUCAUGUGUUAUUUGCACUGAUAAUAGAGGAUUUCGCUGGAGUAUUGACAAAUCAGGAAACAUUUAUGUGUUAUUUGCACUGGUAUUGGAGGAUUUUGCUGGAGUAUAAAGAAAUCAGGAGAAAUUUAUGUCAUAGAUGCACUGACAACGGAGGAUUUCGCUCGAGUAUUAACAAAUCAGGAAAAAUAUAUGUGUAAUUUGCACUUGUAAUGGAGGAUUUCGUUGGAUUGUAAAGAAAUCAGGAGAAAUUUGGAGGGAAGAGAAGGUGAAGGAAACAAAUAUGUCAUCCGUAGAUUGUCCACUUGCCUGCAUCGACCUCUCAAAUCCCGAUCGACAAGCAAUUGCUGUACAAAUUCGCAAGGCCUGCAUCGACUGCGGAUUUUUUUAUGUGAUCAAUCAUGGAGUCGAACAAAAGUUGUUUGAUCAAGUAUUCGAACAGAGUCGGCAUUUCUUUGCGCUUCCGCAGGAAGAGAAGAUAAAACUUGUGUUGAAUGAAAGUCAUCGAGGUUAUACUCCGUAUCAGGCUGAAGCGCUUAACCCAUCCGUGCAGUCUCAAGGGGAUUGGAAGGAAAGCUUCUAUAUUGGUCCCCAAUUUUCAGAAACGAGUGGCGACCAGAAAAACAGAUUUUACGGGCCAAACCAGUGGCCCUCAAACGAACUUUUGCCACAAUGGAGAGAAAUAAUGCUGGAUUACUAUGAAAAUGUCUUAAAUGUUGGGAGGAGAUUGGUCUCAUUAAUUGCUGUAGCCCUAAAUUUAGAGGAGACAUUCUUCAACAAACCAGGAAUGAUGGAUGAACCAUUAGCCUUUGCUCGGCUCCUGCAUUAUCCAAGUAAACAACCUAAUUUAGACCAUGAAAUGAUUGGUGCUGCUGCUCAUUCUGACUAUGGAAUGUUGACUCUUCUUUCUACAAAUGGAAUGGCAGGACUCCAGAUUUGCAGGAACAAAGAUGUUAAACCACAAAAUUGGGAAGAUAUACCUCCCCUUAAAGGGGCAUUUGUGAUUAACAUUGGUGACAUGCUAGAGCGUUGGAGUAAUUGCCUAUUCCGUUCAACUUUGCAUCGUGUAGUAACUAAUGGACAUGAGCGUUAUUCGGUUGCAUUUUUUCUAGAUCCAAAUGCCAAUUGUUUGGUAGAAUGCUUGCCAAGUUGUUGCAAUGAAACAAAUCCUACAAGGUUCUCUCCAAUUUGUAGUGGGGAUUAUUUACAAGAGCGGAUCAAGAUGACAUACAGUAUAACAAGUUAAGAAAUUUGGAGAGAGUUUUCAAACUAUAAAAAAUGUUGUAGAAUACAAAUAAUUGUGAAUUUGAUAAUAUUGGUGGAUAUGCAUAUGAACUCAAGUUUAAGUAUUUC